AUGACUCAUUCGACUCAUUGUCACAAUGUUAUAUGUGAUGGAUGCGAUAUAUCACAAUUCGAUGGUGAUCGAGAUCUGAAUAAGCAAUUAACAGACAUAAAUGAUAAACAAUUUUCCAAGGAAAACGAAGUUAUUACCGUUCAUAGAGGACAAUUGAUGACACUUACAGAAUUUCAAAAUAUUAGAGACAACGAAGGUAAAAUUAUUUCCGUCAAUUCAUAUUUUUCGGCUUCAAUAUCGUCCGAGGUUGCUUUUUCAUAUACCGGAUAUAAUGGCGACAAUCGUCCAUUUCUCGUAUCAGUAUUAUUUACAAUAGAACUGCACGCUAGAAUCGGUGUUAAGCCGUUUGCCAAUGCUAAGAUGCACAGUAUGAUGACGGAUGAAGACGAAAUACUGAUUUCAUACGGGACGAUAUUUAAAAUACAAUCUGUGGAAGAAUACCCCAGUGUCUGGAAUGUGACCUUGAUCAUGAGUGAAGAAAUGCCACCCUGGGCAACAGCUAUCGACGAGUUACCUCAUUGUUGUUUCGAGUCGUUUUUCGACCCUUUAAUUUAUGGUUGUGAACCGACAGUUGACGAAGAUAUCUAUGACAGCGACAAAGUUGCAUCGUUACUAGAAGCCUUUCGACGUAGAAAAGCACAAGAACGUCAAGCAGUAUUACAAUCAAGAUUGAAAAAAGCUUUGGGUAGUAAUUACGGGCGAACCCAAAUUCGGACUCGAAAGAUUUUUUUGAAGAGCCGCCCAGGUCGAACAAUCAGACGAUAA